UGAGGAUUUACGACUGGUCAACAAAGGCACGUGAUUCCCGAACGCUCUCCCAUAUUUGGCCGCAUACCUGGCAAAGUACAGUAGGGCUUCAUUGCUUAUAAUUCAUGAUUGCAUCCAUAAAUCGUGCAAGCACACAGGAUUAUAGCGACAAAGAUCUACAAAUCGAGGCUUUAAAAAUCCAAGCAAAUGAGCUCUUACUUUGUAAACUCGUUCUCAGGGCGCUAUCCAAAUGGCUCCGACUAUCAGUUACUAAAUUAUGGGACUAACGGCGCUGUGAGCGGCUCCUUCAGAGACCCUGGCACCAUGCACUCCGGGUCUUUCGGCUACAACUACAAUGGCAUGGACCUAACCGUGAACCGCACCACCACCGGCGGCCACUUCGGGGCCGUGAGAGAGGAUGCCCGGGGAUUCGGGCCGGACGCCCGCUACAGACAGACGUCCAACUGCUCGCUCUCGUCUCCAGAGCCGGUGCCGCCGUCGUGCGCCACGGCCAGCCGGGAGCCGCUGGAACUAAAAAGCCCCUCUCCUCCUUCUGACCGGAGCGCGACCUCGGGCGGCAACAGCCUCAACAAAAGCACUGCUGCUCAUUUCACGGAGAUAGAGGACGCCACCGUCGCCUCCGAGACCGAGGAAGGCGCGCACAGCAGCGGCGGCUCCAGCACGGCACCGCGGGCGCAGCAGCAGCAGCAGCACCAGGAACCCAACGCCACCUCCUCUACUCCCACAUCAAACGAUUGCCAAACGCCACAAAUAUUCCCCUGGAUGCGGAAACUGCACAUAAGCCAUGAUAUGACUGGACCUGAUGGGAAAAGGGCCCGAACUGCGUACACCCGCUACCAGACGCUAGAGCUGGAGAAAGAGUUUCACUUCAAUAGGUACCUAACCAGACGGCGGAGGAUAGAGAUAGCCCACGCCCUGUGUCUUUCCGAAAGACAGAUCAAAAUCUGGUUUCAGAACCGCAGGAUGAAGUGGAAGAAGGACAAUAAACUGAAAAGCAUGAGUCUUGUAACAGGAGGCAGCGCCUUCCACAACUGAAUAACUUUUUUCCUCUGUUGUUGUUGCUGUUGUGGGUUUGGGGGGAGAGUAAAAAAAAUAAGAAUAAAUCUUAAAAAAAAAGGACAAAAGAAAGAAAUCCAUGAGUACUGUAAAGCUAUUGAAAGCGCAGCACCUUCCAGCAUGCUAUUGUGAUAGAAAAAGAAGUAUUCUGUGGUCCUCAAAAUGCCAUUUUUAGUUCCCUGUUGUUGUGCUAUGAUAGCUGUAGAUGUUGGAAAAAUAAGAUGUAAAUAUUACUGGGGGUAUUUGUCCAUGCUCUUUGCUCUCUUUCUCCUUCUGUCUCUCUUUCUUGAAGGUGUUUCAACUUGAGCUCUUUAUUGUAACUUCUUGACGGUCUAACAGGAGUAAAAAAAAAUUUUAAAAAAUUCAUUGUACAGUUCAGAAAGAAAAAAAACAAGAAAAAAAGUUUCCAAACCAUAUGCUGCUCUUCAUUGAAUGUAAUGUAUUCCGGGGGCCAUUCAAAAAGCGCUUUAGUGUAACUUUUAACUGCUAUUUUUGAUGGUUAACUUGUGGCCAAGAUCCAUAAAAACUUUCAUAAACAAGCCAAUGUGUAGCUUUAGGAUAUUUUGUGCAUCUAUUAUUAUUAUUAUUAUUAUUAUUAUUAUUAUUAUUAUUAUUAUUAUUAUUAUUAUUAUUGUUUAGGACUAAUUAUGAGCAAUGCAAAUGUAUUCAACCUGUCAAUGUGAUAAAUUUUUAGUGCAAAGGGUUAUUCUGUGGAUAGGCAGUGAUGUAAGCUUUUUUCGCCAAUAAGCUUUUUGUAUUUGUAAGUGAACUCAUAGCGCUUGAAAAUAAAAAAAAAAGUUUCUCCCAAAUUGCUUUGAACGUGUCUCGACUGUAUUAUCAAUUAGAGCAAAUGCAGAUUUAAAAAAAAAUAAAUACACACACAUAUUGGAGGUUUUUACGCACGGUUUUUACGCACAGACUUGGAGCUUCGGAUAAACUUCUCUGACCCGAAUUAAACUUAUUAAUGAUUAACCAAGAGCACUUGUUAAAAUGUCACACGAACAAGAAGAUUUUUAGGCCACUUUUCUGACGCAUUAUUUUACCAAGACAUGAGUGAAAGAAGACUUUUAAAAAACUUACCUCUUCUGACCUCUCCAAAGCGAGACGCGCGUUUGCCAUGUGGGAAAUAUGCUGCUGUUGAUAAAAUCCCCCCUGGAGAAAAAAGAAAAGAGUAUAGCUUUGGCUUUACAGGUAUAUAGGCAAGGCUGGAAGUUGGUAAAAAAUCCCCCCUUACCAA